AUGGAGAACCAGUCUUGGAACUUCUUCGAGACACUGGUGGGCAAUGCCAGCACUAACCAGACCCGUAUGGACAAGAUGCCCCAGCUGCCCUUGGAAGUGCAGGUGGUCACCAUCCUGCUGGUGCUGCUGAUCUGUGGAGUGGGCAUCGCAGGCAACAUCAUGGUAGUCCUGGUGGUCCUCCGCACCAAGCAUAUGGUGACCCCCACCAACUGCUACUUGGUGAGCUUGGCCGUGGCUGACUUAAUUGUGCUGCUGGCUGCAGGACUGCCCAAUAUCUCUGAGGUGGUGGCCUCCUGGGUGUAUGGCUAUGCGGGCUGCCUGUGCAUCACUUACCUGCAGUAUCUGGGCAUCAACAUCUCGGCAUGCUCCAUCACUGCCUUCACGGUGGAGCGCUACAUUGCCAUCUGCCACUCCAUCAAGGCACAGCUGCUCUGCACCGUGGCCCGGGCCAAGCGCAUCAUCUCCUGUGUGUGGCUCUUCACCGCUGUGUACUGCCUCAUGUGGUUCUUCCUGGUGGACACCUCCCAGACCAUGUUUGCAGACGGCAUGCAGGUCAGCUGUGGCUACCGUGUCUCCAGGAACCUCUACAUGCCCAUCUACUUCCUGGACUUCACCGUCUUUUAUGUCAUUCCGCUGGGAUUGGCCACUGUCCUCUAUGGCCUUAUUGCCCGUAUCCUCUUCAUGAACCCACUGCCUGCCACCCCGCAGCACGCAGGCCAGCUGAACAAGCACAACAGCUCCAUCAGCACCUCCAGCUCCAUGAAGCUCUCUUGCCGGGGAAACAAGGGUGCUCUGAGUUCCAGGAAACAGGUGACCAAAAUGCUGGCUGUGGUGGUGAUCCUCUUUGCCCUCCUGUGGAUGCCAUACCGCACGUUGGUGGUGGUCAACUCCUUCACGGAUCCUCCUUACCUCAACAACUGGCUUGUCCUCUUCUGCAGGCUCUGCAUCUACCUGAACAGUGCAGUCAACCCUAUCAUUUAUAAUGUGAUGUCCCAAAAGUUUAGGGCCGCCUUCAAAAAGCUAUGCCAAUGCAAGCAGAAGAGAACUGAGAUCACCACUCAGUACAACACCCCGGUCUUCUACAGCACCAUGAAGGAGUAUUCGCAUGACAGUUCUGAGCAUGACGUCACAGAACAAGAAGACCUCAAUGGCUACCCGCCAGCAGCACGGAAAAGCAAACCUCCCAAAUAG